AUGUGACCGUGCAGCCCCAGAGAGUGACACACUCACACAUGCACGCUCACUCGCUCGCGAAUGCACGUCUGAGCCGCCGCAAGAAAGUCACAGACGGCGAAAGGAAGCCUCCCCGGAGUCACCGAGUCGGCGCAGCGAUGUUGCACAGAUCAGUUGUAUUCGCCUUCCUCGUGUUCGUCCAGCUCGGAAGCUGGUCGGCUGCGGAUGAAAUAGCUCCACAAGUUGAGGACCAGAGCGAUUCAAUUGCAUCUCGAAGGACCAGGCUGUCGGCGCAGAACUCAGCUGAGAUCAUCAGGUGCCUGAACAAUGCUCUCCACGUGGGCUGCGGAGCGUUUGUGUGCCUGGAGAAUUCUACCUGUGACACUGACGGCAUGUAUGAUAUAUGCAGGUCCUUUCUGUACAGUGCUGCUAAAUUUGAUACUCAGGGAAAAGCCUUCGUCAAGGACAGCUUAAAGUGCAUUGUCAACGGGAUCACAUCCAAGGUCUUCUUCACCAUUCGCCGAUGCUCCGCCUUUCAAAAAAUGAUUGCUGACAUUCAGGAGGACUGCUACAGGAAGCUGGACAUCUGCACAAUGGCAAAACGUAACACCGUGGCAAUAGCAGAAGUCAUUCAGCUCCCCGCACACUUGAAGAACAGGUAUUAUAACAAGCUACUGAAGAGCCUUCUGGAGUGUGACGAGGAAACAGUGAACAGCAUAAGGGAGAAUAUGAUGGCUGGGCUGGGUUCCCACCUCUCAGGCUUCAUCCAUCUGCUGCAGAGUGACCGCUGUCUGCCGUUACCCCACCGGGGCAGCUUCAACAGCCGCUCUUCCACCAAGCACCAAAAGCUCCGUGUCUUCCUGAGGAAUCUCGGCAGUAACGAGGCUCCCCCUCAACUGGUCGGGAAGCCAGCCUCUGGCGAGAGCGAGUGACAGCCAGAGGUGAGGGGGAAUGGAACAGGAGGCCUGUACCUGUCUGCAGAACCCAGGUGUCCCCAGUGUAACUCUCGAAACCUGUAGUGAUCAUAUCGUGGCAGCUGACAGGAAACACGCACCUGGUUUUAGCACAGAGCUAACUGGCAAACAGUGAGCACCUUGCGUCCAGUCUCGGUCAAACUUUCCUGGCAAUAGCAGCCCUCUACUUGAGCUGCUAAACUCCUUCAGCCUAGUAGAACCAAGGAUCACUUGAGUUUUAUGAAUUAAUGACCAUUCUUGACACAAACCAAGCUAUCUGUUGCAAGUAAUCACAAGAUAUACCCCAGUCUGGUACUGUGACAUGGUUGUUUUCAGAUUUUUUCUAAUAAGUUAUUACCUCAGACAGAAGAAUGUCACAUUAAGCAAUAGCAACAGCAAUUCAUUUUGGGCUCAAGUAUAGGCUACAAGGCUUCCCCAAGGUGACAGAACAUAGCAAUGUGACAUUAAGAUCCUGUUCAGGGAGAAUCUCCCUGAAGGCUUAUCUCAUCAAGCGGACAAUUGGUUUAUUUCUCUGCUAGAGAUGGAUGUUAUCAUACACGUAUCAUCAUUAAGUUUGUUAGUUUUCCAAAUAUAGCAAAAUCUGAUUAAAAACCAUGCCAUUAUCAGAGACCAGGCAACACAAACUAUUUUCAAGCCACUUCACAUUAAAAGUUAAGGCAUUCUCUUCUCCACAGACUGCAAGGUUAUAGUCGUUACCACUGAGACCAAGUGGUGGGAGCUGGCAACAUUACAGUGAGCAUCACAGUUAAGGCAUAUUGCAAACUUAGGGUUACAGUAGCUGUCACCAAGUUUUAGACCCAAUAAAGUUCCACAGUUUGUUGCCUGAUGAAGGCAAGGACCAGGCAGCACCUAUGGGGAGGAAUAGACAGUCGCCAUUUCCCUUCAUGUGGACUGUAUCUCCAGAACUAAUGGUUUUGAUCAUGAAUACAUUGUUUUUUACAAAUGUACUUCACUGUGGCUGUGUGUUUGGAGUACGCAUCCCGUCACCAGCUGCACUAUCUUACAAAGCUCACUCAGAUUAAUUUAUUUAUCACACGUCCGUUGAAACAUACCCUGAAACGUGUCCUUUGUGUUAACAACCAACAGAAUCCAAGGCUGUGCUGGGGGCAGUGCACAAGUGUUGCCGCACUUUGCAAGGCCAACAUAGCAUACCCACAAUGCCCGGCAGAGCAACACAGUUCAAUUGUCCUUCUAAAACAAACUGAAAUAUUUUUGUGUGUCACGCCUACUUUCUGUCCAUUAGAAGAGUGGGGUUGAUCUAAUUGAACUGUCCAGGAUGUUAAAGUGAUUUCAGUAAGAGAGAGGUGGAGGGUGAGACAGAGAGAGAGAGAUACUGUAUGCUCUGAUAAAUGGAGUUCAGAAUAGAGGGUCUUAAUUUUGAUAUUAAUAUAGACUGUCUCAUAUUUUAACAGAGGCAUCGCACAACAGUAUUGAUAGUAGCACUAACUGGGGAAAAGAGGAAUGUUUCACCAUGUGAUGACUUCAGACAGAGAGAAUGCAUUUGCAUGGAUUUGGGUGCCAGGAACAUAAUGCAGGAUGGACUUUCAAUUGUGUGGCACUUGGCAUUCAAAUUCCUUCAGAUUUCCCAUACAUUGUAUCCCAAUGCAAGGAGGCAAAAGGUUAUGGAAAUGUUGCUUGCUAUCAGAUUCCAAGGAGCUAGCACUAGAGCCAACCAGAAUACAAUGCCAGGGACUGACAAUAUAGGAUCUUCCUGUAAUAUCUAAACUUAGCCUGAGAACUUGAGUGGAUCUCUAGCAACAGCACAGAAUGGGAGCCCUUGAAAUCUUGGAGCAUCUGGGAGCUCACUUGCUUGAGUGGACACUGGGAGAAUGUUUAUCUUGGCUGAGGAGUCUAGCUCUUGGGGCCACAGACUCAAAAUAAGGAGUUGGUUGUUUAGGACAGAGCUGAGGAGGAAUCUGUUCAUCUGAGCAUAGUGAAUCUUUGGAUUUCUCUGCGGCAGAGGGCAGUGGGGUGGCACUGACUGCAUUAACAACAGUGAUCAGUAGAUUUCUGGACAUUGAAUGGAAUGAUUGGUGAUGGGACAGAAAAAUAGGGUCAAAGUAGAAGCCGUGAUCUUGUUGAAUGGUGGAACUGGUUUGAAUGGCCAGACAUCCUACUCCUGAACCUGUGUUCUUAUACCAGACCUAUAGAUUCCUACAGGACCUCACCACCAGAAGCAAAAAUUGCCCCUUGCCCCAGAAGCAAGAAGGUAGAAUGAAAAAUUAUUUUACAGGAAGGAAAAAUGGUGAAGAAGCAAACUCAGUGAUUGAGCAGUUCAAAGGGAAGCCAUUGUUGAACCAGAAGUUCAACAAACCAUUUUCAUCACUGGCAGAAUUAAGAUAGGCAGCUUGAAUGCAGUUUUGGUCACCCUUGGUAUCGGAGAGAUGUGGUUAAACUAGACUGAGUGCUAAAAAACGGAUUUAUGAGGACUAGAAGGCCUGAGUUAUAGGGAGAGGAUGGCCAAGCUAGGUACUAGUUCCAUGGAAGAUAGGAGAAUGAGGGAAAACCUUACAGAAAUGUUUAGUACAAAGGUAAAGUGGAUGGUCAGUCUUUUUCCCAGGUUAGGGGAAUCCAAAACUAAAGGGCAUGGAUUUAGGGUGAGAGAGGGAAGAUUUAAAAGGGACCUGACAAUUUUUUCAUGCAAAAGGCAGUGCUAUAUGGAAUGAGCUGCCAGACGAAGUGGUUGAUGCAGAUCCAGUAUUAUCAUUUAUAAAGCAGUUGGAUGUGUACAUGGAGGGGCAGGACUUGGAGGGAUGUGGGCUGAAUGCAGAAAAUUGAGACUAGCAGGGUGGGCGCAGGGCCCAUGGAAUGGAUUGGUUGGGCUAAAGAGCCUUUAUCUGUGCUGUUUUGAUCUAUGAAUCUAUCUGAAGAUGAUCACCAAUGUUUCCAAUUUCCCAAAGCCGAAAUGAAAAUAAUUGCUUGUAGUCGCAUUUCUAUGGGCGAAAGAAGCCUUCUUGGUAUGAAAUCCAGACUGGGGUAAUAUCCUCUACAGAAUGAGAACUGUUAUUUCAAGUUUCUUCCUGUCAGCUGACCAACAGAAUGACAACUUCCAGGGAGCAGUGAGGAACCAUCCAUAAAUAUCUUGCAGUUUUAUUAGCAGUUGGAAACACGCUGGUAAUGUGGAAUUCCACCAAUCGUGGCCAUGCAUUUGAGGGGGAUGUUAGCCCCAGAAAAGUCCCGUCCCAUGGUCCUUACAGCUCAUUGCUGUUUGCAGGAUCCUGUUGCAUGGAUCAAGGGGUCAGCCAAUGGUAUGUUUAAUUAUUCUUGUUUGAAGAGAUGCAAUCAGGUGCUUGAUAAAUACAAGCAUCUCUUGUGUAUCUAAAAAUAUAUUACACGCUUGUAACAAGGUAAAGCAUUCCAUUUACCUGCCCUCCUCGGUGCCAAUGUGACUAUUAUGGAUGGUCCCUAACUAACUGAGACGCCAACUUGUCAGGUAGAGUCCAAACACAUUUCUAUAAUGAUAUUACAUGUUAUUUAUUUUUAAUUCCAAGCAUUGUAAUAGAUGGUCUUUUCUUUCUUGUGCCUUGUUUCUCGAUGCAGAAGCUGCACAAUUUUAUUUUCCUGUGGGUCAGUGUUUUGCACUCAAGGCUUCCUGAAUGUUGUCCGUUUUGUAACUGUAUGUUUGUAACUUAAAUAUUAAAGUUAUAAUUACAUUCAUUAAUAUAGCAAAUAAAUU